UCGCGUGCUGCGGAAUACAUUGAGUAGGUCGUUAACGCAGCGCGCGGUUUGGUUGCAGAUGCAGGUCGCUGAGUGUGAGCGCGAGGCGGGGGGAAAUGGCGAACGGGCGCGGGCGGCGGUGCGCCUUGUGAGGAUACAGUAGACACCGGGAGCGGAGGCAGGCGGCAGCUCGAGGACAGACGGGAGAAGGAGAAGAACCAUGGAGGACUCGGAGCCCGCAGAGGACGGCUUGCUCGCGGGCUUGCGGUGGAACCGGAGCGCACGGGACCAGGCUCAGCUCAAACACAAAAUCCGGGAUCUGCCGGGGCUACUCAAGCACGGGCUGCACCUGCGGAAGAAGAGCCAAUCACCUGACACUAUCCCUGGACCGAGCACUGGACCUACAGUACACAAGUCUUGUUCCCAGAGUUUUCCAUGUGCUGGUCGGGCUGUGAGGAAUGCCUUUCUCUCUCAUGGACCAUACCCAGCUAAAGACAAGAUACACCUGGCCAGAAUCAUACGGCGUAGCUAUGUGGGCGUGGAGCUGGUGCAGUGGCUGUGCGAACAGUGUGUGUACGUGCGCUGUCGGACCACUGCUGUGCGUGUCUGGCAGGUGCUGCUGGAGCUGGGAGUCCUGCUGUCUGUGGACCAGCGGGUGGUGUUUUCCGACUCAAACUCUUACUACCAGUUCAGCUUUGAGGAGUGUGACUCCGCCUCCUGUGAGUUUCGCUCCAAUGAGGGGGAGUGGCCAGAGGCUGUCAGGCUCCUCCUACAACUCGCCCCGUAUGUCCAGUUUCGCUCUGGAGGCGGGGCCAACAGCCCGUCAGAGGAGGAUUCUGAAGGCAACAGGGACAUUUGCAGUGAGAUUCUCCAGAUGAAAGCUCUCGAGAGGCUCACAUCUACGGUACAAAGUGAGUUGGCGGCUGCUCUCGCCCGAAAGACUCGCAAAGCUUUAUCAGAGCAGGACUCUGAGACGACGGAGACGAGCCAACAGGAGCCUCGCACGCCCAGUGAGGAGAGCAGCCCGCUGGGCGGGGUGUGUGCGUUACGGGACGGCGGCGGCAGUGGUGGCGGAGGCGGAGGCGGAGGGAUGGGGACUGUAUGCGGCCGUGAAGAUCUGACCAGCCGGCUGGGGCUGGAGGCCGUUCAGCGGCUGGCCAAGGACGGCUGUCGGCUGCUGCAGAACCACAACUACCGGCUGCCUGACAGGAACCAGCCUGAGGCAGUGGGGAGGGUUUGUCUGAAGGAGAGAGGACGGGACGUGUUGGUGUUGCAGAGAGUGGCAUCAUCAGUGACGUCGCCAUCGGACAGGCCCUCACCCACAUCAUCAGGGGGCGGGUCCAGAGAGGAGGAUUGUGACAAGAGGUAUGUGGUGGUGUCAGGAACGCCGCUCAAGAUCUUAGAGCACCUGCUCAGUGACCUGCGGUUGGACGACCAAAGAGGGGCGCCGGAGAGCAGGGAGAGCGAAAUGCUGCUGGAUGACUUCCUGUUGACCUAUCUGGUGUUCAUGUCCACUCAUGACCUCUGUCAGGCUCUUUUGGGACACUAUAGCAGCGCCCGCUGCAGGGGCCAGGAGGAGGGCAAGGACGCCCUCUUCAGGAAACGUAAAGUACUGCAGCUGGUGUCGCACUGGAGCAGGCUUUACAAGGACUUCCUCAAGGAUGAGGAGCACGUCAGGAGCUUCAUGAAGACCCUGUACAGGUGUGUUUUAGAAGAUCUUUAUGAGUUCCCCACACUGGAGAAAGAUCUGAAGGAGUUCCAGAAACUGCUGCGUCGCAGACACACUGUGGAUGACUGCCCUCCAAACCAAAAGAGUAAACAAAUGUAUCAGCAGCUGAGUUUGAAGGAAAACUGUUUGCAACUCCGAAGUCCUCAGAUUGAGACUAGAGAGGUAAUUUGUUGCGUGUACGUGAGCACCGACUCCUACCUGAGUGUCCACACACACCCGUCACUAGAGGCCCAUGAGCUGCUAAGGAUUGUGGGUCUGAAGAUGGACAGAGCAGAGGAAGACAUGGUGCUUGCUGUGGUUUCAAACACUGGAGAGCGGAGAGUGUUACAGCCCAGUGACUGUGUGUAUUCAGAGUCUCUGACCCCGCAGGCAAAGCUUGUGGCCUGUCGCAGGGAUCUCACUGAGAUCUUGCCUCCUUUAACGGACAGUGCUGAGCUAAGCAGGAGGCCGGUGAAGCUCUUAGGCAUCAACACCUGGGACGUGGCAGCUUCUCUCACACACCUGGACUGGAGCCUCUUCAAAUCCAUCCACGAGCAAGAGCUGGUGUACUACACCCUCAGCCGUGCUCCUGGUACCGGCCACACGGCGGCGCUCUCAGUGCUGCUCCAGCGCUGCAACGAGGUCCAGCAGUGGGUCAUGUCCGAGGUACUCAUGUGCGUGUCUCUCAACAAGAGAGUGCAGCUGCUGAAGAAGUUCAUCAAGAUCGCUGCUCACUGUAAAGCCCAAAGAAAUCUGAAUUCUGCAUUUGCCAUCAUCAUGGGUCUCAACACAGCAGCUGUCAGCCGACUCAACCAAACGUGGGAGAAAUGUCCAGGGAAGUUCAAGAAGCUUUUCUCAGAGUUGGAGCUCAUCACGGAUCCCUCUCUGAACCACAAAGCCUACAGAGAAGCCUUCAAGAGGAUGAAACCUCCCAAGAUCCCUUUCAUGCCUCUUCUCCUGAAAGAUAUCACCUUCAUCCACGAGGGAAAUAAGACGUUCCAUGACAACCUGGUCAACUUUGAGAAGCUGCAUAUGAUCGCAGAUACAGUGAGAAUGAUUCGUCACUGCCAAAGCGACCAACCAGGCAACGAGGUAAUCGGGGUCGACAGUGCGGAGGUGAGAACGAGUGUUAACUACCUGCACAUUAUCGACAAUCAGCAGACUCUUUUCGAACUGUCACACAAACUGGAGCCACGCGCUUAAACACGCACACACACGCACACACGUACACUCAUAGACCCACACACAAACACACUGGACGCAGCGCAAUGGAAAUGUUAGCACUGUGCGGCAUGGAGGACGCUUUGUACAGCAAAAUGUCACACACUCACUCGUACACUGCGACAAAAUCACACUACCAGCAGUAGCGCCAAGAGGACAAUAAGGUGCCAUGUGUUUUGACAAAACCCACAAAGACACGGAGCUGCACUCUGCCUGUUCUCUAAAGGCUUUAUAACACUGAACAUGUGCUUAUAAAGGAUUUCUGAACUCCACACACGCUCUGUGAACUGUCUACAGGAAGAAAUUCUGCACAGCAAGACAGAGAUUUGCCAAACUGAGACAGAGAGUAAAGAAGGCUGUAAUUACUUUGUACAGUAUCUAUUGGACUGAAUAUGCCCUUUGUUUUUGUUCUCGUGAUGAGCUUUUGGUUAUUUAUGAGCCUGUUCAUCAGGCGGAAUGUUUCUUUAAUUCUGUCAAAGUCCCCCCCACCCGGAGGUCAAUAAGGACUCGACAGCCUUGUUAUCAUUUCAGUUACAAACACGAAAACGUCUGUAGAGGAGUUAGAUGUGAUUUUAACCUGAAGGCCAAAAUCUGCCCCAUCCAUAUGGUCUCAUAUUAUUUCAUCUGCCUCGUGACGUGAUGCAGGAUACACGCUAUACUUAUGUAGAGCUUAUAAUGUGGAGCUUUUUUUGGGGUUAUUGUGCCGUAUAAUGUAACAUAAGCAGCAGCCAGUACUGAAGCAGUGCAAUACUUUAUCAUACCUACACCUUUUUACCUUUCUCACUGAGGCUGUCUGUCUGUUAACUUUAAAAAAAAACGGCCUCAGUGACAAAAGGUGCAGCAUUAACAGUUUAUUGUACCUGGCGUGUGAAGGAAGCAUUGCGAGAGGUUUUCACCGACUGACUGUGAGGUUUGGUUCCAGAGUUCGGUAACUGUUGAUGAGUAGUGAGCAGUUAUUGCUUCUUCUAUUCACUUUAAAGUCCUGGUUGACUUUUAGCCAAACGCUCCUCGUGCUCUCUUCUCUAUGAUGUUUUUCUAUGAAUAGAUAAUGAUUAUUUUACAUUGUAUAUAACAUGGACCUAUACAUUUUUUUGUGCCAAAUGUCACGUUGAGUCCUGCAGCAUAGAUGUACUGUAGAGGUCUUGGUUAGUUUAGGAGGGAUUUCUUUAUUUUUUUUUCUUCUUUUUUUAAAUCGCAGAAUGUUUGAUUUCCUUGAAUGAGCCUUGGUCUGGUCCUUGAUCAUGUAAGGCAGAUCUGACUCCUCGCAGAGAUGCUUUCUGACAUUAUGAUGACUGAUUUCAGGGUGUGUGUGUGUGUGUGUGUGUGUGUGUAUGUAUGUAUGAUGGUAUCCCGCUCGUCCUGGGUUGCUAUGGAAACAGUCCCAUCAUAAUUUUUUUUUCCCCUUUUCUUUUUAAUCCUUGAGUUAUAGAUAAGUCAAAGCACUGCACCACAGAAAUAGCUUUAUUCCACAAAAUCAUGUUCAUGAGGAGAUUUUGACAUUGAUGAUUUGUUCAUACUGACUGAAAAGAUCACUUCAUUCACAAGUGGUCCUGUGUAAACUGUCUGUGAAAACCAACACAGGGUGUGGACAGAAUAAUGGAAGCACAAGGACAUAGACUUCCUCCACUGUAGUAUGACUGUCUGGUGGGAUUUUUACAGCUUUGGUUCUUCCAUUAAUUAUUUAUUACUUUAACUUUUGUCCCUUGUAAUUUUGACCCAACUACAUGUUGACAAGUAAAAUGAUCCUAUCUGAAUCCCAUCAGUUCAAGUCCGGCAACAUAUUCCUCUUGACACAGCUGUGAAAUUUGAAAAGCAUCUAUUUGUUGUUCAGAUCCAUAAGUAACCAUCCCAUCUUAUGAGUAGAAUUAUGACUGACUCACUCUGUAGUCAUCAGAAAAGAAAUGCAGCAUGGGUUGAAAGGAAUCUUUCCGAAAUUAUAACUGAUGAUAAUACGCACAAAUUAAGACAAGAAACACAUCCUUUAGAACCAGGAGCAGUCUUUAUGUCCGGCAGAACCUUAUUAGUGAUUGUAUUAUUUUGUCCUUGCCCUGUAUCUGUCCAUGCAUUUACUUCAGUGGUACAUUUCUGCUGAGUAGGAGGAACCAUCCAAGGGUGAAAUUCCUAAAUGUUAUGUAGUGAUGCAUGUCUUGCAUUAUUUAGAUAGUUACAAAGCAUGGGCGGUAAAGUGCAAUACAGUAGAAAUGUUGUUGCCACAAGUGUUCAUCAUCAUUUCAACACUAAGCCUUUCAGAGCACAGAGCUGAUUUCUCUUGCAGAACACAAUGAUUCAGCUAGACGAAAGAAAACCUGAAUUUCCCCAAACUUUGUGCCAAAAGCAUCUUUGGUUCACUACAAGAAGGAAUUAAAAGGUGAUCUCGAGAUGAAGGCUCACUUUACACUCAGUUUUUGUGUUACGGGUCCUUGGUCAUUGUCUGUGCAUUAAAAACUCUUUCAAAGACAGAGACUGUCACCAACACUUUCUGCAGAUGCUGUGAUACUGAAUGUGGAGCCAGUUACAGUCGCCCAAACUGAUUCAAACUGAUAGAUUAUUAGAGCCAUGUUAUCAUUUGAUAAUAUGGGGAUAUAAAAUCUAAAUAAAUACUAAAUAAGCGUGUUGUCCAGUAAGUUUUCUACUACAUAUUUUUUUCUCUGGAAAUGUCUUUAAAAUUAGUGAUAACUUCGAUAGAAACAAGUAUGGGUACUAAAACAGCAGCAUAACUGGAGAAAAGUGAUUAAGUCAACAAACUGACUGUCCAUUACACAGCUAUAUUUACCUAAAUUUGGCUAACAUUACCCAAGAUUAGCUAUCGGUCACAUUAGACCAAGUAAGGCUGUAGCUGUAAAACUCCUGACUGUACUGGACUGAGCAAAAAUGGGUUUUAUUAUGAUUUCAGCUUUUGUUUUGUAAAAGGAACACUGUUAUUUCUUCUCUUCAAAGUUACAUAGUCACAUUUUAAAGAUGCUUUUUGUGAAACAAAGUCAGUGAUUCUUCGACUGCUGGAGCUGAUAAAUCAGAGCCGUGGUCUGUUCAUAUUCAGUGUCAUAGAAAGGCCUUGUGGUCGUCAUUUUUACUAUUAACCUGUACAUGACACACACAUGCACAGACACACCUCUGCUCACUGUGUCCAAAGAGCAGAAUAAUUGUGCUACAUUAGUUAUUUAUUGUAAUAUAUUGUUUAUUUAUGUAUUUCAGAGGUGACAAAAUGUCUCAGUUUAUGUGCCAUGUUCAGAGGUUCAACAAGGUGGAAGUGCACGGGUUAGAAGAAAAGAUGUUUGUGGUUUGAAGCUGCAAAGCUGGAAUGUAAUAGUACUUGUUGUUAUGUUUUGUGGCCACUUGAGGGCAGCAGAAGAGCAAGUCAGUGUGAUGAUGCUCGCCUCUUUCCUCUGGUGUCAAAAUGCUUAAAUGGAAGGAAAGUGUUUUAACGGCCAUUGUCAAAACUGUGUAAAGUUGCGUUUUAUAAAACGAUGUUGUUUAAAUUCUGUUGCAUGUUAUAACAAAAAAACCCCCCACAAAGUUCACAAUGCAAGAGAGGACACAUUGAAGGCUUUGUACUAUUGUAAUAUUGUUGAUGUGUAAAUAUAUGCCUACGUUGGUAUGUUGUUAUUAUUUAUCUGUUGUAAAUGGGAAAAAAAGUCAACCACAAAGCAAUACGUCUCCCCUCGUGUCCCCUCAGCCUUCAGACAGCUGAAGCCACACGUCUUUUCUAAAGCUGCGUUUUACUAUGUCAAAAUUUUACUGAAAAUGAAUAAAUUAUAGGUUUUAUGUGA